AUGUCGGGCCUGUUCGGCAGCGCGUCCUCGUCUUCGUCGAGCAACACUGUUGGCGACCUGAAGCAGGACGUUGCGCUCAACAACCCUCCCGAGGACAGCAUCUCCGACCUCGCCUUCUCCCCCGCCCAGAACCAGGCCAGCGACUUUCUGGCAGUAGCCAGUUGGGACAAGAAGGUCAGGAUAUACGAGAUUGCACAGAACGGCCAGAGCGAGGGACGGCACGCCUACGAACACGAUGGACCCGUGUUGAACUGCGACUUCUCCAAGGACGGCACAAAGGUCCUCUCCGGCGGCGCCGACAAGGCCGUCAAGGCCUGCGACCUCGCCUCGCAGCAGACGAUCAAGAUCGGCGAGCACGAGCAGCCGGUCAAGUGCGUCCGCUUCUUCGACUCGGCCAACGGCACCAUGGCCGUGUCGGGCUCCUGGGACAAGACGGUCAAGUACUGGGACAUGCGGUCGCCCACGCCCGCGGCGACGCUCACCUGCCAGGAGCGCGUGUACUCCAUCGACGUGCGCAACGACCUGCUCGUCAUCGGCACCGCCGACCGAUACAUCAACGUCGUGGACCUCAAGAACCCGACAAAGUUCUACAAGACGCUCCAGAGCCCGCUCAAGUGGCAGACCAGGGUCGUCAGCUGCUUCACCGACGCCGCCGGGUUUGCCAUUGGCAGUAUCGAGGGCCGUUGCGCGAUCCAGUAUGUUGAGGAUAAGGAUGCUAGAAUGGGCCUCGAGGACGACAACGGCAGACGGCUAACAUGUGUACAGCUCCAACUUUUCAUUCAAGUGCCAUCGCGACCCCCCGCGAACAACGUCACCAACGUCUACGCCGUUAACGACAUCUCCUUCCACCCCGUCCACGGCACUUUCAGCACCGCCGGCUCGGACGGCACCUUCCACUUCUGGGACAAGGACGCGAAGCACCGUCUCAAGGGAUACCCGAACGUCGGCGGCAGCAUCACGGCCACCACCUUCAACAAGAACGGCUCCAUCUUCGCCUACGGCAUCAGCUAUGACUGGAGCAAGGGCUUCCAGCACAACACUCAGCAGUACCCCAUCAAGGUGAUGCUGCACCCCGUCCAGGCGGACGAGUGCAAGCCUCGCCCGACGAUGAAGAAACGGUGA